AAGCUUUGGCACAACGCGUGGGUGAUAAUUCUGGAAGGAGCGUCUGACUCGCUAAAGUGACGCUGCCUCCUUAAAAAGGCUCAUUUUGAACACGCCGAGCCGAACUUAUUUUUGUAUCUCUAUAAAAUAUUACGGGUAUCUAGUUGACCUCCGAAAACAUGGCAGAAAGUGACUGGGAUACCGUGACUGUGCUGAGGAAGAAGGGGCCGACUGCCGCCCAGGCCAAAUCCAAGCAGGCUAUCACAGCUGCUCAGAGACGUGGGGAGGACAUUGAGACAUCCAAGAAAUGGUCUGCAGGGCAGAACAAACAGCAUGUUGUGACGAAGAACACAGCCAAACUGGACCGGGAGACAGAGGAGCUGCACCAUGACAGGGUUUCUCUGGAGGUCGGCAAGGUCAUUCAGAAAGGCAGACAGGACAAAGGUCUGACCCAGAAAGACCUGGCCACUAAAAUUAAUGAGAAGCCUCAAGUCAUUGCGGACUACGAGUGCGGGAAAGCAAUUCCCAACAACCAGGUCAUGGGCAAGAUUGAGAGAGCAAUUGGCCUGAAACUGCGUGGGAAGGAUAUUGGCCUACCCCUGGAGGCAAAACCUAAGAAGAAAUGAACACAAAGCCUCGAAAUCAGCCCUCCCCGGUCCCAUCUCUCCUUGUCCCUGAAACCAGAACCCUUUCCCCAACCCAACUCUCCUCUGCUCUCCCACAUCCCUCCCUCCCUCCCUCCCUCUACCCGGGCUGAUCUCACCUGCGUCCUGCCUGAGGACCUGGUGCUCCACUACAUUACAGGCUGCAUAAUGAAACCGUUUUCUCGACCGCAUAAUCAAAUGAAUGAUCGAACGUCUUUUUCAGCGUCACAAACUCGAAGUUCUAUGAAUCUUCUUUUCACCUAUGUCUGCUUAGGCUUUGGCAUGAUCAAUUCAACUUUUUUGAUAGCAACAUAAACGCGUUGAAAAAGGUGAAUUAUUUUUCAUGGCCAAACAAACUAGUUCGACACGUUAAUUCUGAGCAUGACCUAAAGUGCUUGAUUGCAUCUUUUUUUUCACACACUUGAGACAGUGCGUGGAUGUCAUUACAGUGUUGAAAUGUUUUGAUGCUGUGCUUUGUUUUGAUCUAAGAAAUAAAGUUUGGCAGUUCA